AUGUUUGUUCUACCGCCCCCUCCUCCACGUUACACCGUCCCUAUCGCUUAUGCGGCGGGGGCGUCGAAUGGCAUGGCCGUGCCGGUCAUCGAAACCAACAAUACCAUCUCCCACCCUGAUGGCGGAUGUCCGCUGCAAGUUGGUGAAGGAACAUACACUCUGAAGGAUGAUCUCCAUCUUGCAACACCGCCUCCGCACCCAUCUGAAGCACCGAUUGUCAACCCAAACCCUCUUGCGACUGUCCCGAACCCUCCGACAUCUGGUGUGAAGGUUUCUUUGGUCACCCUAGACGCGCGCAAGAGACCACCUACAUUCUUAACGACCAAGGUUACGGCACCACAAUUUGGCGAUGGAAAUUCUGCGCUCGCUCCGCCGCCAGCGAACUCGAAGGACGCGAAAAGGAGGAAGCCGAAGAACAAUAUAAUCAAGAGCAGCUCCUCGUUCGUUUCGAGAGUCAUCACUCACGAGACGUCGGCGAAGCGGCUGAAUGACCGUGACCCCAAUGGUGUUUUUGCGUUUGCCAACAUCAACCGCGCAUUCCAAUGGCUCGACCUCAGCGCUGCGCAGAAAGAGGAACAUCUGACCAAAGUUCUCUUCACCAAAGCGCAUAUGUUGUGUCACGACAUUAACGACGUUACCAAGUCUUCAACCCACUUGGACAUAGUCAUGGGUUCUUCCGCGGGCGACAUCAUCUGGUACGAACCCAUGUCGCAGAAAUACGCCCGGAUCAACAAGAAUGGAGUGAUCAACAACUCCCCCGUCACUCAUAUCAAAUGGCUACCUGGCUCUGAGCACUUAUUCAUGGCAUCGCAUGCAAACGGGGUGCUGGUGGUUUAUGAUAAGGAGAAAGAGGAUGCCCUGUUCGCAUCCGAGGCUAGCACUCAGUCUGAGAGGGAGAGCGGCCAACUACCUCUGGAGGUCCAGAAAUCCGUCAACUCCAAAAACCAGAAGACCAACCCGGUCGCGCUGUGGAAAUUGACCAUCCAUAAAAUCGCCCAGUUUGCUUUCUCGCCGGAUCAGAGGCACUUAGCCGUUGUUCUGGAAGAUGGGUCGCUGCGGCUUAUGGAUUACUUGAAGGAAGAAAUGCUGGACAUUUUCCGCAGCUACUACGGCGGUCUGAUCUGCGUUUGCUGGUCCCCCGAUGGCAAGUACAUCGUGACUGGCGGUCAAGAUGAUCUGGUAACCAUCUGGUCUUUUCCCGAGCGCAAGAUAGUUGCUCGAUGUCAAGGCCACAACUCAUUUGUUUCGGCCGUUGCAUUUGAUCCAUGGCGCUGUGACAAGCGGACCUACCGAUUUGGGAGCGUUGGAGAUGACUGCAGACUGCUCCUCUGGGAUUUCAGUGUCGGCAUGCUCCACCGUCCUCGCGCAGCAACCGCUCGUCAACGGAGUAGUAUUGCCGCACCCAGCUUACAGCCUGCUGGUACUCGCCUCAGAUCGGACUCUGAGAAAACCGAAAAAUCCGACGGCGAUAUUGACCAGACUAGCCACCCCAUCGAACCAAGAGCGCGGACUGCUCUGCUGCCCCCUCUCAUGUCCAAAGUUGUCGGCCAAGACCCUAUUUGCUGGUUGGGCUUUCAGAAGGAUAGCAUUAUGACCUCUUCUCUUGAAGGUCAUAUCCGUACUUGGGACCGGCCACUUGAUAGCGUCAUCAACCCUGACCGUCCUUCAUCCCUGGUCGGUAGCAAGAAGGCGUGA